AUGAGAUCCCCUCUGCUCCCUGAAAUGGCGACACAGGAGGUACAGCUCAACGAGACUCUGGCGCAUCUGAAAACGGAGUCGGAGUCACUCAAGUCCAAGCUCGAGGAGGAAAGAGCCAAGCUGCACGACGUCGAGCUGCAUCAAGUGGCUGAGAAAGUGGAGGGCCUGGGUCAGUUUGUCAUGAAGACCAGAAGAACUCUAAAAGGACACGGCAACAAAGUUCUGUGCAUGGACUGGUGUAAGGAUAAGAGGAGGAUUGUCAGCUCCUCCCAGGAUGGCAAAGUGAUCGUGUGGGAUGCCUUCACCACCAAUAAGGAGCACGCUGUGACAAUGCCUUGCACCUGGGUGAUGGCCUGCGCUUAUGCCCCAUCCGGCUGCGCUGUAGCUUGUGGUGGCCUGGACAACAAAUGUUCCGUUUAUCCUCUGUCCUUGGACAAGAACGAGAACUUGGCUGCGAAGAAGAAGUCGGUCGCCAUGCACACAAACUACUUGUCCGCUUGUAGCUUCACUAACUCGGACAUGCAGAUCCUGACUUCCAGCGGGGAUGGCACGUGUGCAUUAUGGGAUGUCGAGAGCGGACAGUUGUUGCAGAGCUUCCAUGGUCACGCAGCAGACGUGCUGUGUCUGGAUUUGGCACCCUCCGAGACUGGGAACACUUUUGUCUCUGGGGGCUGCGAUAAGAAGGCGAACGUGUGGGACAUGCGCUCAGGACAGUGCAUCCAGUCGUUUGAAACCCACGAAUCGGACAUCAAUAGCGUGCGUUACUAUCCCAGCGGAGAUGCAUUUGCCUCUGGCUCGGAUGAUGCUACGGCCGGCUUCUUUUCGGUGGUUACAACGACUACACCAUUAACGUCUGGGAUGUUCUCAAAGGAACACGCGUGUCUAUUCUGUUCGGACACGAGAACCGUGUCAGUACGUUGCGGGUUUCCCCAGAUGGGACGGCCUUUUGCACGGGCUCCUGGGACCACACUCUUCGGAUCUGGGCUUGAGGACUCAGACAACCAAGUCAGACAGAAUGGAGGCCCUUUCUGUUUGCUAACGUACAAUCACAGAAAUGGACUCUCGCUUUGUGGUUGUACAUAUCAAAAGCAUUGUUUGUACUUUAGUCUCACAUCCAGGUGA